AUGGUGGGAGGGGUGAUGGCGAGAGGAACAGUGUUUCCCUCCAAAACCACAUCUACCGUAACCGUCAUUCCCCAGUUCCCAGAAAACCCAAAAUCGAUGAUUCUGGAACAAUGCAGGAACCGCAAGGAUCUGAACCAAAUCCACGCCCACCUCAUCAAAACCCGCCUCAUCCUCAGCCCCGCCGUCACCGAAAACCUCCUUGAGUCCGCCGCCAUCAUUAUCCCCGAAACCAUGGACUACGCCCUCGAAAUCUUCCGCUCCACCCACCAACCCAACUGCUCCGCUUAUAACGUCAUGAUAAGGGGCCUCACUUAUCAGCACUCCCCUCUCGAAGCCAUUCUCUUGUUCAAACAAAUGUGCAACAACCUCGUACCCCCCGACCACUUCACUUUCUCCGCCGUCUUCAAAGCCUGUUCCAGGCUCAGAGCGUUGACCGAAGCCCAACAGGUUCAUGGCCACGUCAUCAAGCGCGGGUUUCACUCCAACGAGUUCGUCGAGAACACGCUGAUUCGCACCUACGCCGCGUGCUCUGCUGUCGAGGUUGCUCGAAGGGUGUUCGAUGAAAUGCCCGACAGAGGCCUCGUUGCUUGGAACUCCAUGUUGGCUGGUUACGCCAAGAGCGGUUGCUGGGACGAGGUUGUGGGGUUGUUUCUUAGAAUGCGGGAACCGGGUGUUGUUGGGUUUGACGAGGUUACAUUGGUUACUGUUUUGAGCGCGUGUGGUAGGUUGGCGAAUUUGGAGUUGGGAGAGUGGAUUGGGGAAUAUGUUGAGGAUAAUAAUGAUUUGAAGGGGAACCUUACUUUGAUGACUUCGCUUCUUGAUAUGUACGCCAAGUGUGGUCAAGUUGACACGGCAAGAAUGUUGUUUGAUCAAUUGGAACGUAGAGAUGUUGUUGCAUGGAGUGCUAUGAUAUCUGGGUAUAGUCAAGCUAAUAGGUGCAGUGAGGCUCUUGGUUUGUUUAGUGAGAUGCAAAAGGCUAAUGUGGAUCCUACUGAGGCUACUAUGGUUAGCGUGCUCUACUCUUGUGGGGUUCUUGGAGCUAUGGAAAUGGGUAAAUGGGUUCAUUUUUAUGUAAAUAGAAAGAAACUGAAGCUCACUGUUACUCUUGGGACUGCACUCAUUGACUUCUAUGCCAAAUGUGGGUCUAUACACAGAGCAGUUGAGGUUUUUGAGAAGAUGCCCAUGAAAAAUGUCUUCUCUUGGUCUGCGAUAAUUCACGGGCUUGCUAAUAAUGGCGAGGGAAGAAGAGCUCUGGAGUUCUUUCAUUUGAUGAAGGAAGCAAACCUUCAACCAAAUGAUGUGACUUUCAUUGGCGCGCUUUCUGCUUGUACUCAUGUGGGUCUGGUCGAGGAAGGUCGAGCUCUUUUCCGCAGUAUGAGCAAAGAUUUUGGAAUUGAACCGAGGAUUGAGCACUAUGGUUGUAUGGUUGAUAUUCUUGGUCGAGCUGGUUUGAUUGAUGAAGCAUUUCAAUUUAUUAAGAACAUGCCUAUUGAACCAAAUGCAGUUGUUUGGAGAACACUGUUGGCUUGUUGUAGGGCACAUAAAAAUGUUAUAAUUGGGGAAGAAUCGUUUAGACAGAUAACUCAGUUGGAGCCAGCUCAUAGUGGAGACUACAUACUGCUAUCCAACAUAUAUGCCUUGGUGGGGAGAAGUGGGGAUGCUCUGAAAGUGAGGUCUCAGAUGAGAGAAAUGGGGAUUAAGAAGUCACCUGGUUGUAGCUUGAUUGAAUUGGGAGGGGUGGUUCAUGAGUUCUUUUCUGAAGAUGAUGAACAUUCUCACUCAAAACAGAUAUAUAGGGCAACUGAAGAGAUGAUCAAAAGAAUUAAGUCAGCUGGGUAUGAGCCAAACAUUACAGUUGCAAGAAUAGAUGCAGAGGAGGAAGAUAAAGUAGUCUCUGUGUCUCACCAUAGUGAGAAACUGGCUAUUGCAUUUGGUCUUAUUAAAACUCAACCCGGGGCUACCAUUAGGAUAUCAAAAAACCUUAGAGUUUGUACUGACUGCCACAAUGCCACAAAGAUAAUAUCGAAGGUGUAUAAUAGAAAAAUUAUCGUCAGGGAUCGGAACCGUUUCCAUCAUUUCCAAGAGGGGUCAUGUUCCUGCAAUGAUUUUUGGUAA